AUGAAGGCGGUCGUGCGGAUGCGACUUCUGCGCAAGGACAUUGAUCCGAAACAAGAUGGAGGUAUCAUAAUCUACGAGGACAAAAAAGGUGAUAUGACAUUGGCAAAGAAUACUGGUUAUCGAGCUCGCACCAAGCCCAUCGACAUUCGCUACAAUUUUUUUAUUCGCGAGAAGGUUACGAGCGGUGGGGUUUGGCUGGAGUGCGCUAGCACCACGAACCAGCUCGCUGGUUAUCUUACGAAGGCCUUAUCCCCGAAGAUUCUGCGCUAG